GUGACUCUGAGGUCGUGUCUUCAGCUCUUAUUUAUAGCGCCGGUUUGAUGGGGCCGCUCCGCAACUCGGAUCGCGGUAGGUUUGUCCAAGAAGUCGGCGCGUCUAUUUAAAGCGGCCCUUUGAGGAAGGCGGCGCGGGUAUAUGCUCGCGGUCUGUCUCUCUCUCUCUGGGCCGGCACUUCCCUGCUCCCGACUGCGCAUGCGCGCGGCGGGGGAAGGCGCACGCACCUCGCGCACCCUUCAGGCGGGUACGGGACGGUCAGUCGUCGACCGGCUGGCUCCCUGUUCCGAGCGGCGUCUCUGCUCUUCCUGUCGUCUCGGUCCCGAGCCAGUUCGUGAGCAUGGCUGACAAAGCUCCCAGGAACAAAGGCCUGCUGCCCAUGAGGUACGUGUUCGCCGUGCUGGGCUCCGUGCUGUUCGCCAUCCUGUACGGCUACAAGUCCAACCUGAGCGUGGCCAUCGUGGCCAUGGUGAACCACACGGCCAUAAGGCGCGCCGCCGCCCAGCACGCCGGCCCCGGCGCCAAUAACGAGAGCCGGCCGCUGCAGGGCGUCUGCGACUUCGAGGAGGAGGCGGAGGUGUUGGAGGACGGGCCGUUCGACUGGAACGAGCCCGUGCAGGGCCUGAUCCUGGGCUCGUACUUCUGGGGCUACCUGGUGAGCCAGCUGCCCGCGGGGAGGAUGGCGGAGCGCUUCAGCGCCAAGUGGGUGCUGUUCGCCUCGGCGCUGCUCAACAUCGCGGGCUGCCUGCUCAUCCCGCCGCUGUCCUACCUGCACUACUCGGGCCUGCUGCUGCUGCGCGUCGUGCAGGGCAUUGGCGGGGGCCUUUCGUUCCCAGCCAUGCACGUGAUGAUUGCGAAGUGGGCUCCACCCCAGGAGCGCAGUGUCGUCUCUGCGAUUGUUUAUGCAGGCAUGGCGCUGGGCACGGUGAUAUCCCUGCUGAUGACGGGGGCCAUCAGCGCGGCGCUCAACUGGGAGGCAGUGUUCUACAUCAUGGGCAGCCUGUCCCUCGUGUGGUGCGUGCUGUGGGCGUGGCUGAUGGACGACAGCCCCGAGACCUCGCGCUUCAUCGGCGAGGAGGAGCGCAACCACAUCACCAAGUCUCUGGGCGAGAACGUGGCGUCGGAGCACUCGUCGCUGCCAGUUCCCUGGCGCAGUAUCUUCACGUCCAUGCCCUUCCUCGCCAUCCUGGUGGCUCACUUCUGCAGCAACUUCGGCUGGUACAUGCUGCUCAUAGAGCUGCCCACCUACAUGAACACCAUCCUCAAGUUCAAGAUAAAUGCCAACGCGCUGCUGUCGUCCAUGCCAUUCCUGGUCAUGUGGUUCUUCAGCAUCGCGCUGAGCAAGUGCCUGGACGUGGCGCGCGAGAAGAAGUACAUAAGCACCACCGCCGCCAGGAAGAUCGCCACUGGCUUCGCCUCGCUGGUGCCGUGCGCGUGUCUGGUCGGGGUCAGCUUCGCGGGCUGCGACAGGACCGCCGCGGUGGCCCUCAUGACCGUAGGCACCAUGACCCUCGGCGGGAUGUUCUCUGGCUUCCUGUCCAACCACAUCGACAUCGCGCCCAACUUCGCAGGAACUCUUAUUGGUAUCACUAACACGGUAGCAACAAUUCCUGGUUUUCUGGUACCAGUGCUGGUUGGACAACUCACUCAUGGAAACCAAACGAUCGGCCAGUGGAGGAUCAUCUUCUUGAUAACGGCCGGGCUGUUCCUGGCGGAGGCCGUGUUCUACACGGUGUUCGGGUCGGGCGUGGUGCAGCCGUGGAACAACCCAAACAACCCCGAGGUCGCCGCGGCGAACGGCAAGAAGGGCGAAGCUAGCGACGAGCGAGAGCGCGCAAGCCCGUAGACGAGUGACGCGCGCAGAGACUGGUGUCGCCACCUGCGCGGCGGAUGUGUGUAGCUUGAGCAGUGACACUUUGUUUGUUGUGCCUGUGGGUUUUACGCGCGUGCAGUUUUUUCUCUGCCGAAAUACAGAAUUGCUUCCAUAAAGGGCUACAUCUGCACUAUAUGAUUUGCUGUAAAAUGUUAUUUAUAAUAUUUUUUUACUAAUUGCUUUAUCUUGUAAGUUUUUUUCAGAUUUUAGAAGAAAAAUAUUUAUAAAUGUUUUUAAAUAAGAUGUUUUUAAAUAAGAUGUUUUUACAUUGAUAAAAUGUAAUAUGAUGUGUUAAUGUAUGUGUGGUAUGGUAUCUCAGUUUUUUGACAUUUGAGUAAAAAACUAUACAUAAUUACAACUAGAUGAAUAAAAUUUAUUGAUAUGUGUUACAUAAA